GUGCUAUAUCCGAAACGUAGAAAAUAUAGUAAAUAUCGUAAAGGCAGAUGUAGUAGGGGUUGCAAACCGGACGGUACACAACUUGGUUUUGGAAGAUAUGGCACUAAAAGUUGUAGAGCGGGGCGUCUUGCAUAUCGAGCCAUUGAAGCAGCGCGUCGGGCUAUAAUCGGACAAUUCCAUCGUGCUAUGAGCGGAAAAUUCCGAAAAAAAUGGUAA